AUGUCCAGCCCUAGCAAAAGCCAUGUGGAGGACAGCUCGCAGUUACUGUCCCGGGCGCUCGCCUCCUCUGAAGUCUCGCGAGACGGUCGCUUCCACAUCAAACAGCAAGCGAUUGACGAGCUCGUGAAAGCCAUCGGAGAAUGCUAUGUCCGAUACGAUGGGGCUACUCUGCAGACAGUCGCUGAUGAUGUGGCCAAGCUAGACCGCUUGGUCGACAUUGCCCUUUCCUUCGACCCCAACAGCAUUCCAGUGUACGAUAGUACCUACUGGCACAUCGGACAGAUACUAGGCGAAGUCAAAGCAAUGCUCACGGCGGCAGCAGCGUUUGUGAAGGCUGGACCAACUUCUGAGGAACGGGCAUGA